AUGGAAGUUGCUAAUGGCGCGGCGGAAGCUGUAGCCCAAAACGGCUCCGGAGACGGUACGGUCGGGUACAAAUUGAAAUUUUGCACCGUCUGCGCAAGCAAUCAAAACAGAUCCAUGGAAGCUCAUUUGCGAUUAUCUCAGGCUGAAUACCCAGUCAUUUCUUUCGGCACGGGAUCACUCGUCCGACUACCUGGACCGACUAUCACGCAGCCCAACGUGUACCAAUUCAACAAGACCUCCUACGAUAGCAUGUACAAGGAACUCGAAUCAAAGGACGGUCGUCUGUACAAGGCCAACGGCAUUCUGAAUAUGCUCGACAGAAAUCGCGCCGUGAAAUGGGGACCAGAGCGCUGGCAAGACUGGGCCGUGGGCAUCCCCAGGCUCCAGCACUCCACUGACAAGGGCAGCGAGGGAGUAGAAGGCGGUGUCGUAGAUGUCGUCUUUACUUGCGAAGAGCGCUGUUGGGACGCAGUCAUUGACGAUCUUCUCAGCAGAGGGUCACCAAUGAACCGACCUGUGCACGUGAUAAACGUCGAUAUCAAGGAUAACCAUGAAGAAGCACACAUUGGUGGUCAGGGAAUUUUGGACCUAGCCAACUCGCUCAAUGCGGCUGCCAAAGAGGAGCGAGAAGCUGUCGGUGCAGCUGCUUUCGAUAGUGGAAGUGCUGCCAGCCGAGCCAGUUUUGAUGAGAGAGUGCCCGACAUCGUGGGUGCCUGGCAAGAGAGAUGGCCAAAUUUGCCGUCUACAUGGACAUUGGCUUGGUUCUAA